GAGCAGCAGGACUUUUUUCUGUUCCGUUUUAUUUAGAGAUAGAGAGUCGUCACGUCAGGAAGGAAAACUGAAGCGCGGCACUACGAGCAGGAUCCUCCAUCAUGACAAAAGAGGACGAGAAGGUCAUUCCCGUCCGUGUUGCCCUGCGGUGCCGACCUCUCGUUGUCAAGGAGAUCAGUGAGGGAUGCCAGAACUGUCUCACUUUUGUGCCAGGAGAGCCGCAGGUUAUUGUUGGCAAUGAUAAGGCCUUCACAUAUGACUAUGUUUUUGAUCCUCUGACUGAGCAAGAGGAAGUCUUCAACACUGCAGUUUCACCUCUGCUGUCUGGAUUUUUCAAAGGUUACAAUGCCACUGUCCUGGCAUAUGGACAAACAGGCUCUGGUAAGACUUAUUCCAUGGGAGGCACCUACAGUUCAGCCCAGGAGGAUGAUCCUACUGUUGGAGUCAUCCCCAGAGUUAUUAAAAAGAUCUUCCAGGAAAAGUUUAAGAGGACAGACUGCGAGUUUUUGCUUGCUGUAUCUUACCUGGAGAUAUAUAACGAAGAUAUUCUUGACCUCUUAUGUGUAUCUAAAGACAAACCAGCUAUCAAUAUUCGUGAAGAUCCCAAAGAAGGCAUAAAGAUCAUCGGACUGACAGAGAAGGAGGUGUUAACUGCUCAGGAGAUGGUUGGCUGCCUGGAGCUCGGGAACUCUGCGCGCACAGUGGGCUCCACUGCCAUGAAUGCCGCAUCAUCCCGUUCUCACGCCAUCUUCACUGUCACACUUGAGCAGCGUCGCAGUAAUGACAAGAGUGACUCUGUAGUCUCAAAAUUGCACUUGGUGGAUCUUGCUGGCUCAGAGAGGCAAAAGAAAACAAAGGCAGAGGGUGACCGCUUGAAGGAAGGUAUCAGCAUCAAUCGAGGUUUGCUGUCACUAGGGAAUGUGAUCAGCGCACUGGGGGAGGAAAGCAAGAAGGGGACAUUUGUUCCAUACAGGGACUCUAAACUGACUCGCCUGCUCCAGGAUUCCUUAGGGGGCAACAGUCACACCCUCAUGAUUGCAUGUGUCAGCCCAGCUGACUCCAAUGUUGAAGAAACCAUUAACACACUGCGCUAUGCCGACCGUGCCCGCAAAAUCAAAAACAAACCAGUUGUGAAUGUGGACCCCCGCUCUGCUGAGUUAAAACACUUGAAACAACAGGUCCAGGAGCUUCAGGUGAUGUUGCUUCAUGCACGUGGUGGUGUGGCCCCUGUGCUGUCUGGAUUGGAGCCGGCAGGCAACGUGUCUGACAUCCUUGAGAAGAAUCGCUCCCUGCAGGAUGAGAACAGCAAGCUGAGCCGUGAACUGAGCGAGGCUGUAGGUCAGACAGCCCAGAUGUUUGAGAGGAUCAUCAUGACAGAGCAGGUUAAUAACAAGCUACAAAGCAAACUGGAGGAGCUGAAGCAGCAUGCAGCCUGUAAGGUUGACCUGCAGAGGUUGGUGGAAUCUUUGGAGGACCAGGAGCUCAAAGAGAAUGUGGAGGUGAUCCGUAAUCUGCAGCAAGUCAUUGUGCAGCUUCAGGAGGAGAGUGCAGGAAUAGCUGUCUCUAUAGAAGCCCUGACCUCUCAGGAAGACAGGGUCCUGGAGGGUGAAGCAGAGAAUAGCCCCACUGGUGAGGUAGAGGCUGGUAGUCCCAAAGAUUCGGAUGAAGCUGCAGAAAAAUGCUCAGCUGAGGCAUUUACAACCCAACAUGCCCUGCGCCAAGCUCAGAUGUCAAAGGAGCUGAUUGAACUAAACAAAGUCCUGGCCCUGAAGGAAGCCUUUGUCAGGAAAAUGUGCCAGAAUGACAGUCACUUGGAGCCCAUGCAAACUGAGCACCAGGAGAACAUGAAAGGCCUGCAAGCAGCUGUCAACUCCCUGCAAAAGGAGAAGGAGGAGCUCAUUUUGGCUCUUCACUCUGCAAAGAAGGACUCCAAUCAGGCCAAGCUCAGUGAGCAGCGCAGGAAGCGACUGCAGGAGCUGGAGGGCCAAAUCACAGACCUGAAGAAGAAGCUGAUGGAGCAGUCAAAGCUGUUGAAGCUCAAGGAGACGUCACUGCGCAAUGUUGCCAAGCUGAACCAGGAGAUUCAGGCCAUGAAAAUGCAGCGUGUACAGCUAAUGAGGCAGAUGAAGGAGGACUCUGAGAAGUUCCGACAGUGGAAGCAGAAGAAGGACAAGGAAGUGCUGCAGCUCAAAGAAAAGGACCGCAAGCGGCAGUAUGAGAUGCUGAAGCUAGAGAGGGACUUCCAGAAACAGGCCAGUGUCCUGCGCCGUAAAACCGAGGAGGCUGCAGCAGCCAACAAGCGCCUGAAGGAUGCUCUGCAGAAAAGGAGUGAAGCAGCAGAGAAGCGCAAGGAUGCCCAGAACCGUGGGAUGGAGGGGGCAGCUGGAAGAGUGAAGAGCUGGCUGCUGAAUGAGGUGGAGUUGCUGGUAAGCACAGAAGAGGCACGGCGCCACCUAAGCGACCUGUUGGAGGACAGAAAACUUCUUGCAGAGGAGAUAUCUCAGCUCAAGCAGAAGAUGGAGGCUGGCGAACAACCCACUGCCAAAGUUCGACGCCGUACAUUCACUAUUGCAGAGCUGGAAAGUCAGGGAGAGCUGGAGGCCUCUUUGGGAAAGCAAGUGGAGAACUUGCAGACAGAGAUGGACCUCAGGAGUGCCCAGAUUGCUGACCUGCAGCAGAAAGUUCUGGAUGCUGACAAUGAAGGGAGGGUCAAGCAGCGCUGGGACAACAUCACCACCAUCGUGGAGGCCAAGUGUGCCCUCAAGUUCCUCAUGUCAGAGCUUGUGGCAGCAAAGGUUGGGAAUGCCAAGUUGGAGAGUGAGUUGAAGCAGGAGAAGGCCAAUUACAUGGAUUUGCAGCGGGUGCUGUGUGAUGAGAGGAAACUGAUGUCCAUCAUGGACAUGGAGCACCAGAGCUGCUUGGUGGAGCUUGAGCAGAGACAUCAGGAGAAGGUCCUGUAUCUCCUGAGCCAGUUACAGAAUAAGCCUGUAGCUGCAGAGGGCAAAGAGGAGGAAAUGGAAAUGUCAAAGAGGGAGCGGGAGCUCCUUCAACGUUUGAAGUUCCAGGAGAAAGAGAUAGAAAAUAUGAGGGAGCUCAGUGAACAGAAUCAGAAGCUCAUGGAGGAGAAUGAACAGUACAAGCAGAAAUUAACAUUACUCCAGGUGGCAAGUGGAAAGAAAAUGACUAGCCUUUUGGCAGCGUCUAGCCAGUCGCCAGACUCUUCUUUUGAGUACAUUCCUCCGAAGCCCAAAGGUCGCCGCUUCACAACUGCAAGAGCAACACUUGCCACCACAAUUGACAUUGACGAAUUGGCGUCUUCCUCUUCAUCGGAAGAAGAUGAGGAUAUAGAUGAAUGGGUCCCUGAGAAGAAUGGAAGAGGUGGUCAGAGAAAUUCGCGAAAGAAAUAUAAAAUACUAGGGUGUGGCUGUAAGGGUCGCUGCAGCAACAAGUUGUGCCGCUGCCGCAAAGCCAAAAUGACCUGUGGAGAGAACUGCCAGUGUGACCAUGAGAAGUGCCGUAAUGUGGAAACUCCAGGGUCAUCCAGCGUGGAUACAACUGAGAUGGAUGAUGGGUCCAGGGACUUAGUCUUCACACCUCAAGAUCCUACUGCCGUAAGCCCUGGAGACUCCACCUUUUUCAAACCUCCCUGCGUCACUCCCACCAUGAAGGUGCUAAAAGAAAUUGGAGAUAUCAGCCAGCUCCCUUCAGAUCUGAAACUGGAGAGGAAGCCGUCUGCACUAGAGGAGGAUGAGGAGGAGCGGAGCACUACCAGCUUUCUCAAAAAGAAAAAGCGAGUUCUCACCAGUAGCCACAACAGUUUUUUCUCAGGCUGCACACCCAUUCGCGAGGAGGCAUAAUCUAGCUGGCUUUAGCUGCUCAGUCCCCUAGGGGCAAUAGUCUUCCCCCCCGUCCUUUAAAUUUACAUGUUGUACAAUUAUCUUUUAAGUGUCAGUGUCUAGAUUUCAAUGUAACAAUAAAGAAUAAAUAUUAGAUAGAUGUUUUCCUUUUUACUCUUUCAUUGUGGUCCAGUUAUCAAUCUGUGACAUACUGAAGGAUACAUUAGCCAGCAUGCACAUUAAUUUACUUCCCCACAAGCUGUAAUGUAAUCCAUUAAGUAAAUAUUUCUUUUAAAAAAGUUAUUUAGAAUGUGUAUUCAUGGUGAUAGGUUUUGAAGCCAUUCAAUAAAAAAACAAGUGAUUUU